AUGUCCACGGACAGUCUGCAGGAGGAGCUUGGCGAGUGGACGAGAAGCCUCGACACUCUAGUCGAUGCUGAAGCGAGUGCGGGGAGAGAGAUCGGGGUAGAGCAGGUCGCUUCCGAUGUCGUAGGAUGGGUGAAAGACAUCGGUAAGGAGGUCACUUCAGCAGCCAGCAGAAAAAUCUCUCCGCAGCUCAACUUGAGGAGGUUUCAAGCUCGCGAGCUGUCUGAACGUGUUGAUUAUCGUCCUCGGCACAGGAGCUGGAGGUCUCUGGCCCACCCUACUGCAGUGUCGUACGCAAAGCAAGUUCUGAGCUGGUUUGGUUACUCGAGCAAAGCAGCGAGUGCGAGAACCAGGAGCGAAGAGCAUGCCCUGCAUCACGCAUCGCACAGACACAAACAUGUCGGUGACGAGGAGGGGAUUCACGAUGAGCCGAAUGCUCCACAUGAGGACUUGGCGGCAACAGGCAAGGAGGAUCAUACGAGAACGUCUUGCGCUGCGAGCCUUCGAGAGAGAAAUAUGAAGGAAUCCAGUAAUCUCAAGUCGCGUCACGUUCAUGUCCGACACAUAAGACCAACAUCUGCAACCUGCGGGUUGACGAGCAGUCCUGAAUGGCAGAAAUCUGUUGCCUGCUUGCUGUAUUACCUCUUCCAAGGAACCAUCCUUAUAUCUUUUGUCACUGACAACGUUCGAGAAGUCACGUCGUUGCGCUCAGAGCAGAAACAGAUUAUGUUGGUGAUGCUCCUGCUGUCGGUUGGAAAUUUCUUCAGCUCUACGACGACACCCAAAUCUCACAUUCUCCUCGUCCUGUUCAGAGCACUAUGUGACAUCGCCAACAUUCUUCAUGCUGUGAUCCUCACACUCUUGUGCAUCUGGAGCGACGGAAUGCGAGCAGACGACAGUGAGAUUGCUCGAUGGUUUCUUCGCUCUCCCAGUAAUGCGAAGCUGUUGAUGCUGCCGGAGGAGCACGUCGGUGCUGUGCUUGGCAUUGUCAAUCUUCUCUUCGGGCUGCUUCGAGGUCUCAUCCUCCUCUCCCUCAUCCCUGCCAACACUCAGCUCGGUCGUACUUGCGAAAUGAAGGAUCUCAGCGCCUCGUCAUGCUGUGGGCACGCGACUUUCUCCUCCUGGUCCUCGUGCCAUGUUCUCACUUCAGCUCUCUUCAUCGCCAUCGUCAAUCUCGCGGCACCAACGCAGAGGAGGCUCCGGGCUCCGCUUUUGGCGAUGAUCUCGACUUCUCUGUGGUCGCUUGCAGUGGCAGCAGGAGGAAUCAUCAUGGGUUCUUCAUCACUUCCCUGGCCUGGAAUUCCCUUCUUCUCCGCGCUCUCUGUCAUCAGUUUGCUCAUGUCUAAGCAUUUGGUGUGA